UGUGUGGCACUGUCAACAGCCGUGUGGUCGUCCUCUCUCCUGUGGUAAUCAUACAUGUGAGAGAAUGUGUCAUUCAGGUCUGUGUGGGGCGUGUCCUCGAUCUGGCAACAGAGCCUGUCCCUGCGGCAAGUCAAAGAGUUCUCUCCCCUGUACUGAGGAUGUCCCUACCUGUGGUGACACUUGUGACAAGGUGAUGGAAUGUGGCUUACACACCUGUUCCAUGAGGUGUCACAGAGGGGCCUGUGAAACCUGCAGACAGGAGGUAGAGAAGCACUGUCGCUGUGGGAAAUACACACGUCUCAUGCCCUGUCAUAAGGAGUACCUUUGUGAGUCUAAAUGCCCCAACACCAGAGGCUGUUCACGGCAUCAGUGCAGGAGGAAGUGCUGCUCUGGUAACUGCCCGCCAUGUGACCAGAGCUGUGGACGAUCGCUGGGCUGCCGAAACCACAAAUGUCCCUCCGUCUGUCACCAAGGCAGCUGCUAUCCCUGUCCAGAGACGCUGGAUGUGAAGUGUGUGUGUGAAUCCACCUCUCUGACUGUUCCCUGUGGGAGGGAGAGGAGUACCAAGCCUCCACGCUGCAAAGAACUGUGCAGGUCUCCCCCAUCCUGCCACCACCCCAGCAGAGAGACCCAUCGCUGCCACCCUGGUCCCUGCCCGCCCUGUCGCCAGGCCUGUCUCCUGGCCCUGAAACGAUGCCAACACCCCUGUCCCCAACCCUGCCACGACCAGGUUAUGGUGAAGACCAGCGACAGGGUCCUAGCAGGCCCGUGGGAGCAGUCGUCAGAACCUGCGUUUGUCCGUAAAGCUCUCCCCUGCCCGCCCUGCCUGGUCCCUAUACCCACGUAUGUUACACACACACACACACACAGUAACACACACACAGUAACACAUUAACACACACACAGUAACACAUUAACACACACACACACACAC